AGAGGGCCGGGGGGUGUAAGAAAUCUGUCAUCAAUCCAAACCGCCGGAGAGGCGUCUUGAUAAACGCCGUUCUCUUCUCUCUGUCUUCUUCAUUUUUCUUCCCAUUUUCCAAUUCAAUUUGCUACGUUUUUUCCCUUUUGUCUUGAAUUAAGAAUAUCUGAGGCGAAAAAGAAAAAAGAAGAAGAAUGAGAGAGUGCAUUUCAGUUCACAUUGGUCAGGCCGGAAUUCAGGUCGGAAAUGCUUGCUGGGAACUUUAUUGCCUCGAGCACGGCAUUCAGGCUGAUGGCCAGAUGCCAAGUGACAGAACAGUGGGAACAGCUGAUGAUGCAUUCAACACAUUCUUCAGCGAAACUGGAGCUGGGAAGCAUGUCCCUCGUGCGGUUUUCGUAGAUCUUGAGCCUACUGUUAUUGACGAAGUCAGGACUGGAACUUAUCGCCAGCUCUUCCACCCUGAGCAACUCAUCAAUGGCAAGGAAGAUGCUGCCAACAACUUUGCCCGUGGCCACUACACCAUUGGCAAAGAGAUUGUUGAUCUUUGCUUGGAUCGCAUCAGGAAGCUGGCCGACAACUGCACUGGUCUUCAAGGGUUUUUGGUUUUCAAUGCUGUUGGUGGUGGCACUGGUUCUGGUCUUGGAUCACUUCUGCUGGAGCGGUUGUCUGUUGACUAUGGCAAGAAGUCAAAGCUUGGUUUCACCAUCUAUCCUUCUCCCCGGGUCUCAACUUCUGUUGUAGAGCCCUACAACAGUGUGCUGUCGACCCAUUCCCUUCUUGAGCACACUGAUGUUACAGUACUUCUUGACAAUGAGGCCAUCUAUGACAUUUGCAGGCGCUCGCUUGACAUAGAACGCCCGAAAUACACCAAUCUCAACCGCCUAAUUUCCCAGGUUAUCUCCUCACUCACUGCAUCCUUGAGGUUUGAUGGAGCCUUGAACGUUGAUGUGACUGAAUUCCAGACCAACCUUGUGCCCUACCCGAGGAUACAUUUUAUGCUUUCCUCAUUUGCUCCUGUUAUUUCAGCGGAGAAGGCCUACCAUGAGCAACUUACAGUUGCGGAGAUAACCAACAGUGCUUUUGAGCCAUCUUCCAUGAUGGCCAAGUGUGAUCCCCGCCAUGGGAAGUACAUGGCUUGCUGCCUGAUGUUCCGUGGUGAUGUUGUGCCAAAAGAUGUUAAUGCUGCUGUGGCAACAAUCAAGACCAAGAGGACCAUCCAGUUUGUUGACUGGUGCCCCACCGGAUUCAAGUGUGGUAUCAACUAUCAGCCACCAACUGUUGUACCUUGUGGUGACCUUGCCCCGGUGCAAAGGGCUGUGUGCAUGAUCUCUAACUCAACCAGCGUUGCCGAAGUGUUCAGCAGGAUUGACCAUAAGUUUGAUCUUAUGUAUAUUAAGCGUGCAUUUGUGCACUGGUUUGUUGGUGAGGGCAUGGAAGAAGGUGAAUUCAGUGAAGCUCGUGAGGAUCUUGCAGCCUUGGAGAAGGAUUAUGAGGAGGUUGGUGCAGAGUCUCCCGAGGGAGAUGAAGGAGAUGGAGAGGACUAUUAAAGUGUUGCUCUAAGUUCUACUCCCCCACUUGGAGCGUGUACUACUACUGUUUGGUCUUUUAAAGUAAACCUUCAAUUUCUGUGUGCUACCACUUCUACUUGGUCCUUACAUAUGUAUCAAACAUAUCUCCAUAUCUCUGUGGUUGUUGCUUCGUAGUACUGAAUUUUCUGGAAGUAUAUAAUGAUGAAUAAAAGAUUCUUCGGUAAGUGCUACUUGCCUACA